CCGGGCAGCAGCUGCAGCGGAGCGGCUGCGACAGCGACAGCAGCACAGCCCCGCAGCACCACCGCACUGCUCCCUGCACUGCUCCUGCACUGCUCCCUGCACCGCUCAGCCCUGCAGCAACACCGCAGCGCUCCCUGCACAGCACAGCACAGCACAGCACAGCCCGCAGCAACACCGCCGAACCCACAUCCAAACCCACUGCUGCAGAACUGAAAUGGAAACCAUGCACGAGCUGAUCCCCUUCGCCAAGGAAAUGCUCAGCCAGAAGCCCAACAGGAAGAUGGUCAAGCUGUACAUGCUGGGCAGCGUGCUGGCCUUCUUCGGGGUGGUCAUCGGCCUGGUGGAGACCGUGUGCAGCCCCUUCAGCUCCCAGGGCAGCCCGGAGGAGGAGGAGGACAGGAGCAAGGCCGCGGCGCCCCGGGAGCAGCGGCUGCCGCAGAAAAGGGAGGAUUUGGUGCUGGCCAAGGGCAAGGCUGCGCCGGCGCUGCAGAGGGCCCUGGUGACCCGGCAGCACGCGUCCUAGGCUGGCCACAGCACCCAGAGACUCCGCCUGCCCAGGGGGUUCCAGCACGAAGAGAAGGCUCGGCUGAAGGAGGCUGCCCGUGUGAGCCUCGCCACAAGUGAAGGGUUAUAUUUGCUGCCGUGCAGCAGUGGGGAAAAAUACCUUUUGUUGGUAUAAACCCGCGCGCGACGCACAGCGCGGGUUCUUAUUUUUCUUACGGACGCAUUUUACACCGUUUUGCAAGAUCAAUAAAUAUUUUAUAUGGUA